AUGCUCACCGAUAAACUCCACCCCAACUCUGCCAACAGCCUGCCCCAGUUGUACUUGGACGGAGAGAUAUAUCCUCUGGCCUGGGACCAGGUAACAACUCCAGGCCCUCUCAAUACCAGUGACCUGCCAUCUCUCGAUUACGCCCUCUAUCUCUUCCAGAUCGUCCGCUUCCGCCUCGGCCAGGCAUACAGAUUCUUCGAGGAAGACUCGUUCGUCUCCCAAAUCCGUAGAUUCUACGACAGUCGGCCAAAUGCAGAUGCAACACAGCCUCGCUUCUGGUUUGUUCAGUUUCUUAUGGUUCUUGCACUGGGCAAUGCAUUCAUCGCGAGGCCGCGCAAGCAAAAAGAACCCGCUGGGUCCAAGUAUUUUGUACGCGCCAUGUCCGCUAUGCCUACGAAUAUAUCCACCGGAAAGGACAGCCUUCUCGCGAUAGAGGCACUGGCGCUGGUUGGACUGUAUCUGUAUGCAAUUGACCACAGAGAGGCAUCGCAUGUUCAUGUUGGCCACGCUAUACGAAUUGCCCAGUUGGAGGGAAUGCAUACCCAGCUGCCGGAGGAAGUCCUCGGGGCUACAACUGUGGCUCGAUGCCGUAACCUCUGGUGGUCUCUGUACAUCCUCGACCGCCACUUCUCUCCAUCUUUAGGGCUGCCGGUGACCCUACAAGACAGCGACAUCACGACCUUGAUCAACCCGCCAGUGUCGAAUCUGCAGAACAUGACAUUCAGCCUGCAAGUGAGGAUCACGCGGAUGUUUUCUUUUAUCAUUGGCACAAUCUAUAAAACCGAAAAAACACCCCUUGCGACAUUCCUAGACAUAACCCGUGGAGUCUUAGAGACAAUGGCCAAAUACGCAGAGGAGAUCGAAAAUAUGAUCAAUGUCAACUUCCACGGGUCUCGAGACAAUGUGCCCAAAGAGAUGCGGCACACCAUUCUUCAAUACCACCAGUGCGUUAUAGCAGCUACAAGACCCCUCCUUCUCUCCGUCCUCAAAGAACGCCUAGAGAAACUCGGCCGAGCAGAAGAAGACUGGCAGAAAUUCCUCGCCCUCCCCAAAUCCCUAAUCUCCACCGGCAUCAAGUCCGCCGAAAAGACACUGCAGAUAAUCGGCGAUGAAAACGGUCUCCUGGAAACAUUCCUCCCCUUCGACCUCGAAAUGACCUACGCCGCCGCUCUAUACCUAACCCUCUCCAACACCCUCUUCUUCCCCUCCAGCACAGAUCCAGACACAGACACAGAUACAGACCGCACAUACAGCCACGCCGCCCACGCCAUCCUAGACGAGCUCAUCCUAUCCGGAAACCAGGUCGCAGCCGCGCGCAAACGCGAGCUAUCCCGCAUCGAGGCCCUCUUUGAGGAAUUCGCUAGACGCGUACGGCGCGAGGGGCUCCGUCUUUUGACGCUCUCGGAUCAGGGUCUGACCGAUGCGACGCAGUUGAAUUUGAAUGUAUCCGCGGAUAGUCAUCUCCCUGGGGUGGCUUCUGAGGUGGGAGUUGUUUCUCCGGAUACAUUGCGGGUGCCGUCGUUGGGCGUUACGGGCAGUACUAUAGAUACUGUAGAUCUGGCAGCGGCACCGGCUAGUGUUGAGUUUCUGGAGAGUAUUGGCAUCUCGUCGUAUGAGUUUCUUUCGAUUGUGGAGCAGAUUGAUCACCCUGAGAUUUCGUAUGGGGAGUUGGAUGGUAGGCCGGAUUUGUUGGGUGCUGGGGCUGGGACGGGGAUGGGGUCUUUUGGGUGA